AUUUGUACAGGUAGACACGUGCUUCCUGCCUAAUUCCCAAGGCAAAGACAACGUCACUGUCCAAAAAAGGUAAGGAUCAUCUCCACAGCGGAUCGCCCGGAAGCCCCUGAUGACCUCCCAGUGCCAAGCCUUUUUUUUCUGCCCGGCGUGACUUUCAGCCUCGUAACCUCGUUUUCCACUUUCUCUCUCUUUUCUCUCUUCCUUUUCUUUGCUCUUAUCCUGUCUUGUCCUCCUCUCUUAUCUUUCUUGUACCUAUUUCAUCGCUUUCCUUUUUGAGCUGUCCUUGAGACCUGUGUGUUUCUAUCCCUCUUCCGGGUACUUCAGACGGCACGCUACCCAUCAUCAUGGGUUUAUUAUCAUCGCGUUUCCUCCGCAUCCCGCGGCCAGAGACCUUCCUUUAUGUCAUGAGCCUUGAGACUGGUGCUUCUCUCAUCACCUUGUCCCUGCUGUUGAAUAAAAUUAGUGGUCUCUAUGGCUUGCUCGCCUUGUUGACUGGCUACCACCUCUCGCCCGUCCAACUGUCCAUGUACCUCUACUCCCUGAUCGCUCUCGGUGUCGCAACAGUCCUAUUCCCACAUAUCCGCAAACAAUCACCUCUCCAAUGUCUGGCGCUCGCCUACCUGUACACCUUUGACAGUCUUGUCAACGCGGCCUACACUGCCGCUUUUGGUGUGACUUGGUUUCUCGUCGUCUCUCAACAUUACGACAAUGGCUCCGCGUCGGGUCCCGGAAGUGAGACCAUUGCGCAAACUGCCGGCUUCACCAGUCCCAAGUACGAUGACACCCAAAGCAGUGCCAGUUACUAUUACGCCGAAAGUGCCACUAGCAGCACCGCUCGAUCGGCAUCAGAUGGUCUUGGCAAUGCGGUCACUCAACCAGAGAGUGCCCCGAGCAUUUUCUUCAUCUGCAUGCUGUGGGCGAUGCGAUUCUACUUCGUUUUCGUGAUGCUCGCCUUUGCUCGUCAGACCCUGCGCCUCUACAUCGCCCUUCCCCGCCACACUUCGCUUCCGACGCAUAGCCGCAAUACGUCCAUGGCAAGUGUGGGUAGCGUGGCCGAUAUCGACCGUGAACCCUUUUCGCCGUACAGCCCGGAUGGUCAAGGCUGGAAGGGCAAGCUUGGCCGGACCAUGAUCAGUAUCGGUCGCAACUACUGGAUGGGUGAAGAUGACGAUGGUAUUUGGAUGGUCAACAUCGGUCGGAAGUUCCAGAACCGCAACGAGAACACCGAGCUACCUGGCCCUCUCGAGCGGGAGCGCCGUCGCCGAUCGGGAACUGGUCCUCCCCAGCCGUCGCAGUCCGCGUUCGAAGCCGCGGCUUUGCAACAACCCAUUUACGAACAUCCUGUUGGCCGGUAAUUGACAGCUCAGGUCUCCAUGAUGACAUUUUAUUCCUGGAUAAUAUUUUUACUUAAUUGUUCCUAUAUAUGCCGAGAUGAUCUAGUAUGACUCGGGGAGGGGUGGCAGACAGAUUAGCAGGACUGCAUCUUCUUCACUUACAUGCUUCGAUGCCUUUUUUGUUUUUGGUUAUUUAUCUUUCUGGAAAAAGGCGGGUGUUGGUUAUUGAUUGAUCAACGCAGCCGGUGCUUGGGAGGACUUGGGGAGAACGCAUGCCUUCUAGAGCCGAUCCGUUUACAUCUGGCAUCUGUACAUUUAUUCUAUCGUUUGGAUUUCAUAUGGGUCUGGCUAUUUGGCGUUUGAAAGGGUUUAUUUAUUGCAUCAUGCCGCAUGUCAUUGUUUUAAUAUGAGUAUCGAACAUCUGAGUACAGUUUGAACAUAUCCACCUAGUGAUCCUUGCAUUCUCGUCCGAGUACGUAGCCUGACAUACCAAUUG